AUGAAACAUUCGCAUCUCUACGAGCUUCAACCGGAUCCGUACGACUUCACUCAACGGAAAACGUGCAGAGUUUGUCUGUUCAAAGACGUUAAAAAUGCGGUGAGUUCGAUUUUUGUGUAAACUUUCCCAGAAACAAAGAAAGAAAUUUGAUACUUUGCAGCCAGAGUUGUCGCAAUUACUGAAAGACGGAAAAAUCGAUGCGGCCUUGAUUCGGGCUGAACUUGUAAGUGAUUUUUCGAGAAAAACGUCUUCAAAAGCGGUUUUCAGGUUCUGGAGCCGUUCGUUUUGCUCGCCGCCGCCAAUCGGGCUGUUCAUCAGUCGGCUCACAACCGCAUGAGCACCCGAAAUCUUUCCGCGGAACUUGUAUACUCGCUUUCUCCCAGCAGAAAUGUAAAAUUUGCGAAUUUUUUCAUUGAAAAAAACGUUCUUUUCCAGAUUUCCGAUUCGCUGGUCACAUUCGGAAUCGCCGAUCACUCGACGGCCAUCAUCGCCGCGAUUUUCGACGACAAAUCGGGCUCCGAAAUGAAGAAAUUGGCGAAAAAGAUCAAGGGAACGCCGGAGCCGCUGAUGAGCGGACUGCCGAAGAUCGCGAACGUGUCGGUGAUCAAAAAGAUCUACCAGGUCGGAAAUCCGGCGUUCGCCGAAGAAGGACUCUCCGAUCACAUCGUUUCUCGAAUGGUUUCCAAGGACUUCAUCUCGUAA